CUUGCUGGCUAGGUGUAGAUUUCUCAGAGCUCUUUUCAUGUGGUUCUUUGCAGACUCAGAUGUUCAGUCAAUGGAUCUGUUAGUCACCAUCAGAAGUGUAUUUUGCCUCUGCCUGCUUCAUCUGGCAGCUACUGAUGGCACUGCUCUUGAUAUCGUUGUGACAUGUAACAGGACAAAUGAUUUGUACCCUGACAAAUGGUUGACACCACCCAAAUCCAAUCCUUCUCCACUACAUGAUCUUAAAGUUAAUACUUCUCUGAACGGAGCUGCAGCUUCUCUUGCUCUCAACAUAACAUGGUCCAUAAACAUUGACAGUAGUAUUCACAGUAUUAAUGGCACAUGGAUAGAAAUUGGUACACUGAAGUACAGAUGCAAAUAUCAACCUCCAUUUACUUCCAAACAGACCUACCCUGGCAAUCUACAGCAGCUUUGGUUCAAUUUCACAGCUACAGAUGUCAAUAUUGAACCCAGUUUCUUGUACUAUGUAGCUGUCUAUAACCUUCCCCCAGCACCACCUGAAGUGAGACACAAAUACUUGAAGCAUGUAAAGAUACAAGCACCAGGAUGUGAUGAUGAAUCAAUGAGGAAUCAUUCAACAUGUUUACAGAAAACACACAUGCUGGACAAGGAGCAAUGGGACAUUGUUACAGAAUGGACGAAGGCUGGAAUAACAGUGAGCUUCAAUUCUCACAAGAACUCGGAGAAGUACGAGAUCAGACUGCGAAGAGAUACGAAAGUACUAAACUUUAUCGAGGUGGAAGUGAGAGAAGACACUGGGAUACUUACAGGACACAUAAUGUAUUCAGGGUCAUGUGAAAAUCUUAUAAUAUGGAUAACGCCAUUUUUUGACUAUUGUGGAUAUACGUGCAAAUCAGUUGCUCGCAAAGUAGACUGUCAUGGUCCUAUGAUCGGCUCUAGUCUCAACAAUAGCCUGGAAAAAUUCUACUCAAUCCCAUCUACAGCUCCACCCACAGAAGAGCCUAAGGGAAAUGAAACUUCCAUCCUGCUGAUCAGCAUUGGGUGUGCAGUAGCUAUUACUUUGUUGAUUAUCUGCCAACUGGGAAGGCGGAUGAGGUCUGGCUAUUCUAGGAGUGUACUGAACUCUGCAGGAUCAGUGGGAGUGCUGGUGGUGUAUCCCGCAGUGGAUAGUAUGUUCCAGAAUGCUGUAAUGGCACUCGCUGACUUCCUGCAAAGUCACAGAGAGCUGAAUGUAAUCAUUGAUGUGUGGCAGAGAGGCAGUCUGGCAGAGCAGGGCCCGCUGCGCUGGCUUAACUCACAAGUGGGUUGUGCUGAGAAAGUUCUCAUCAUCUUGCCACCUCAACACACCGAGUGCAGCACUGAAACAGCCUGCUUAAAACCCAACAUGGGAGACGUCAUAACUGAUUACACGGUGCCAGCGUCUGCAUGCGAACUUUUUUCAAUGGCACUAAACUUGGUUGCCAGCUGUGCCCAUGAUCCCCAGCAGCACUCUAAGUUUUUAGUGGUGCACCUGGACCACAGUGGGCACAGAAGCACAAUGCCAGUGGAGCUCAGAGGAUGCAAGACCCUUAUCCUACCCAGGGAUCUGGAGAAACUCAAAAUUUCCUCCAGGAAAGAAGUAACAAACUCAAGCUGCAGGUUUGAGUCAUACUGCUGUAAAGACAGCGCCGGGAAGGUCCGACAUGCUGUGCAGCAGUUAGACGGUUUAAAAGAAACGGUUUGUCUCACAAAGGCAGAAAGCAAGAGCCGACGUGUAGUUUAUAGGCUAUGAUAAAGACUGGCUUUCCAUUUAAAUUAUUUUGUUGCUUUACAUUUAAGAAAAUUGUUGCAAUCACAGAAAAACAAAUAGCUGCAUAUAACUAAUCAGGACAAUAAAAACCCUCAUCAUUUAA